GUGGGAGCCAGUGGUUUGGUAUUUUGGUAUUUUGUGGCAGCGUUAGCUAGCUAGCUGGUUAAUGUGUUAUUUUGCCCAGAAAUUGGGAGCAGGAGAGGAGAGAAGUGAUGGAGGAGAAUGAAUAUCUCAUGUCAUCGCACUGUUAAUUUCGGCUGAGAAAGCUGCAUAGUACGACUACCUUUUUAGGUAAAUAUAAAACGCAGUUUUUUCCACGAUUAAGCUUGUUGCGACAGUCUGUUUUGGCCAUGAAUUGAGGCGCAACUGGAGUGCUUGUUUGUAAAUAUGAUACGCUCGCACCAGCUAGCUUCUACGUGCCGCAUUUAGAUUUCCAUCUAACUACGUUGCUAGCUAGCUACCAUAACAUCACUUGUUAAACAAUGUUUAAGCUACGAAAUAUAGCAAUCUGGUAGUUGUGUAUGAUGCAGACCUACACGGCAUGAGUCUCGAGCGAAAUGGGGUUGGUGGUUUGACGUAAAUGUCCCGGGGGGCCAGUUCUGGGCUACCAAGACGAUAACGUUAGCUAGAAGGAAUAUAUCAUUAUUUGCUUGAGCUACAUUUGGUUAGAAAAACCACAUUUCCCGCAACGGAUGACAUGUUAAACGAUUGAAAUGUUUUUACAUUAACAAACAUAAGAAAAGGGUCUAGUUUUGAAAUGAUAGGUGGUGGUUUGCUUAGCUCUACAGCUUGUUGACUGUGUGUAUCGCGUCAUCUAGUGAAAGUCAGCAUGACAGGCGUGUAAUGUAACAUUAACGUUACACCGUUAAAAAAAGAACAUUUCAAUGCUCUGUUUUUAUCAAGGGAGUCUGUGAUCCAGUGCAAAGGCUCUUGAUGUAUGUGUAUUGAUUGUGACAGUGCCUCUGGGCAGUAUAAAUGAGUGAGGUCAACCCAGAAAGAAACGCUGCUGAGAUAAGAUGAGAAUAGAGAACUAAUCAUAUAAUGUUGAAGUAGAGCUAGGGUUGAUAUGGGAGAGCUCGUAUGUCUAAAUUAAGAUUCUAGCUAAAUCAUGAUGACUGGCAGAUACUUUGUGACGAUAAAUAAAGUAUUAGCCCUAAACGACAAUCAUUUAUCCUACAGAUUGAGAUAUACAGUGCAUUCGGAAAGUAUUCAGACCCCUUGACUUUUUCAAAAUGUUGUACAUUUUGUUAAGUUACAGCCUUAAUUUAAUCCAUUUUAGAGUAAUGUUUUCCCUCAUCUACACACAAUACCCCAUAAUGACAAAGCGAAAACAGUUUUUUUUUUUUAUGUUUGCAAAUGUAUUUUUUUUUAAAGCCUUAUAUACAUAAGUAUUCUGGCUCUUUGCUAUGAGACUCGAAAUUCAGCUCGGGUCAAAUUAAAAUGUAUUUGUCACAUGCCCCGAAUACAACAGGUGUAGACCUUACCGUGAAAUGCUUACUUACAAGCCCUUAACCAACAUCCUGUUUCCAUUGAUCAUCCUUGAGAUGUUUCUAAAACUUGAUUGGAGUCCACCUGUGGUAAAUUAAAUUGAUUGGACAUGAUUUGGAAAGGGACACACCUGUCUAUAUAAGGUCCCACAGUUGACCGUGCAUGUCAGAGCAAAAACCAAGCCAUGAGGUCGAAGGAAUUGUCUGUAGAGCUCCAAGACUGGAUUGUGUCAAGGCACAUAUCUGGGGAAGGGUACCAAAACAUUUCUGCAGCAUUGAAGGGCUCCAAGAACACAGUGGCCUCCAUCAUUUUUAAAUGGAAGAAGUUUGGAACCACCAAGACUCUUCCUAGAGCUGAGCAAUCGGAGGAGAAGGGCCUUGGUCAGGGAGGUGACCAAGAACCUGAUGGUCACUCUAACAGAGCUCCAGAGUUCCUCUGUGGAGAUGGGAGAACCUUCCAGAAAGACAACCAUCUCUGCAGCACUCCAUCAAUCAGGCCUUUAUGGUAAAGUGGCCAGAUGGAAGCCACUCCUCAGUAAAAGGCACAUGACAGCCCACUUGGAGUUUGCCAAAAGGCACCUAAAUGACUCUCAGACCAUGAGAAACAAGAUUCUCUGGUCUGAUGAAACCAGGAUUUAACUCUUUGGCCUAAAUGCCAAGCGUCACAUCUGGAUGAAACCUGGCACCAUCCAUACGAUGAAGCAUGUUGUUGGCAGCAUCAUGCUGUGGGGAUGUUUUUCAGCAGCAUGGACUGGGAGACUAGUCAGGAUCAAGGGAAAGAUGAACGGAGCAAAAUACAGAGAGAUCCUUGAUGAAAACCUGCUCCAGAGCGCUCAGGACCUCAGACUGGGGUGAAGGUUUACCUUCCAACAGAACAACGACCCUAAGCACACAGCCAAGACAACGCAGGAGUGGCUUCAGGAUAAGGCUCUGAAUGUCAUUGAGUGGCCCAGCCAGAGCCCGGACUUGAACCCGAUCGAACAUCUCUGGAGAGAACUGAAAAUUGCUGUGCAGCAACGCUCCCCACCCAACCUGCCAGAGCAUGAGAGGAUCCGCAGAGAAGAAUGGGAAAAACUCCCCAAGUACAGGUGUGCCAAGCUUGUAGCGUCAUACCCAAGAAGACGCAAGGCUGUAAUCGCUGCCAAAAGUGCUUCAACAAAGUACUGAGUAAAUGGUCUGAAUACUUAUGUAAAUGUUAUAUUUCAAAAAAAAAAAAUUUUUGUCAUUAUGGGGUAUUGUGUAUAGAUUGAUAAGGAAAAAAAACAAUUGAAUCAAUUUUAGAAUAAGGCUGUAAUGUAAACAAAUUGUGGAAAAAGUCAACAGGUCUAAACACUUUCCGAAUGCACUGCUUAUGGGGAAUAUUUUUGUCAGUGUAUUGUCUAUGAUGCAUUUUGCAGAUCGUUGUCAAGUCUUUUGUCAUAAAACCAAAUUAUGUUUUGUUCUGCUGAAAAAUAUCUAUGUACUCCAAUAAAACAGCUGUGUUUUAUCGUUGAUAUGAUGUAUGCAGGUUGCAUUUAAUAAAGGAAGCUAGUUUAGUACACAGAAAUACUACAAUUACUUUAAUUGUUUUCUCUUCUUUUGUUUUCCAUUGGGUUCCAUGCACACCACUACCCUGCAGCCUCUUAGCGACCAACAUGCCUUAUGGAACUCUCACCUGGCAUCACUGAUAUUCCACAAGUUACCUCAAGCAACAAGUGUUAGCAACAAACACAAUUUGAAGCAGUUUUUUUCCAAACCUGCCUGCCUCCCUGUCUGGCCCCAAAGCACAGCAGUACCAUUUGAAAUUGCAAACCUGUGUUUUUUCAGUUUCUCUACAAUCAACUCCACUCCUUUCCCAAGGGGGUGACUGCCUAUCAUGAGAUUCCGAAUCUACAAGAGGAAGGUACAAUACACGACGAGUCCCAAGUCAUUUGUAUGUGCUGCAUGUUUCAGUACUGGGCAUGUUUUAAAUGGCACAAACAAAACACAUUGUUUGAAAACAGUCCUAGACAAUAAAACCUAUCUUAUUGUGACGUAUUUAGUUCAGCUGAAGAAGCAGGACCUACUGGAUCAAUUGAAUAAGAUAUUAACUCAUGUACACUCAUAAUAUAAACUAUGUUACAUAAUCUUACUGUAUCUUCAAAUAAAAAAAGAAAAUAGAAACAACAAUGCAAUUGAAAACAAUAGUAAAAUAACGCCAAUAGGGGGGAGGAUAGAGUCCAAAACCGGCAUGGGAUAUGAUUUGAUUUGUAUCUUAUGUCCAGGUGGUGAUACUGACGCUGGUGGUGGUGGUGUGUGGCCUAGCCUUCUGGACCAGUGGGAAGCAGAAGAAGAGCAGUGGAGUGGUGGUCCCCAAAGAGGCUGAGGGGGCAAGGAGAAGCAGUAGUAGCCAGGUGCAUCCACAGCCGCAGGCCACACCUGCAGUCAGUCGGAUACCCAUCGUUCCACCAAUCGCACCUGUAGCACCUGCCAACGAGACGCAACUGGAGAACCAACCCGAAAAACACCUGGAGAAGGAGAAAGCGGUCAAACCGGAUGUGGACAACACUACCCUCGUCUACCGUGGCAUCGUGUUCCAGCUCAACUUUGACCAGACGGUGAGGCACGAAGAGAGGUUCAGGGCAGUGAGGAAGAAGGACGAUCUGGUGGUGGUGGUCCAGGUGCACAACAGACCUGACUACCUGAGGCUGCUGGUGGAGAGUCUGAGGAAGGCCCGCGGCGUGGAGAGCAUCCUGCUCAUCUUCAGCCACGACUUCUGGUCCCCCGAGAUCAACGAAGUGGUGGCCUCGGUCGACUUCUGCCAGGUCCUCCAGAUCUUCUUCCCCUUCAGCAUCCAGCUGUACCCCCAGGAGUUCCCGGGCCACGACCCCAGGGACUGUCCCAGAGACGUUCCCAAGAUGGACGCCUUAAAGCUGGGCUGCAUCAACGCAGAGUACCCCGACUCAUUCGGCCACUACCGCGAGGCCAAGUUCUCCCAGACCAAGCACCACUGGUGGUGGAAGCUGCAUUUUGUGUGGGACAGGGUCCGGGCGCUGAAGGACCACCGGGGCCUGGUGCUUCUUAUCGAGGAGGACCACUUCCUCUCCCCGGACUUCCUCCACCUCCUCAAGCUGAUGUCGAUCCUGAAGAGGGAGAAUUGCCCAGACUGUGACAUCCUGUCUCUGGGGAGCUAUGGCCACAUCAGCUACGCCAGCAAAUCCAACAAGGUGGAGGUGAAAGCCUGGAAGUCCACCGAGCACAACAUGGGCAUGGCUCUGAGCAGGGAGACCUACCAGAAGCUCCUCCAAUGCACUGACGCCUUCUGCACCUAUGACGACUACAACUGGGAUUGGUCCUUGCAGCACCUGACCGUGACCUGUCUGCCAUCCUACUGGAAGGUCAUGGUGAGCGAGGCGCCCCGGGUCUUCCACGCCGGGGACUGCGGAAUGCACCACAAAAAGUCUGUGUGCAUGCCAUCUAGCCAAAAGACCAAGAUAGAGAACAUCCUUCUGAGCAGCAGCAAUCAGCUGUUCCCCAAGAACUUGCUGAUUACUAAGAGACUGCCGGCUAACGGGGCAGGGGGGGUGGCGCCCCAUGUGAAGAACGGGGGCUGGGGGGACAUUAGGGACCAUGAACUCUGCAAGAGCUACCUUCGAUUACAGUGA